AAAAAAAACACACUCACACGUAUAUUUACAUUGAUCAAGCAAAACAAUGAAUUCUCUCUUAUGCGUUUUGCUUGUGAUCAUUACAUUGUGUCUUGGAUCCAGCAAAGCGAUUUGGGACAAAAACACAGUACAUUUCAAGAGUUCUCUUGGUCCGAACAACACUCUCAGGAUCAAUUGUUUGUCGGACCAAGACAACCUAGGUUUUCAUCACUUAAGCCCUGGCCAAACCUACGAUAUUAGUUUUCAUGAUAGUGUUUUGGGGACUAAAAUCGUUUGUGACUUGUCGAAAGGUCCUAAUUACCUAUUCCAUGCAUCUUUUACGGCUUAUCAAGGUGAGACAAUCAUAGUUCAUUAUGGUAGAAAUGUGUUUUGGGAUGCUAGAGAAGAUGGAAUAUACCAUGCAGAGGGUAAAGAAUCUCCUAAAUUGAUGUACAAGUGGAUUAAAAUUGUCUAGAAGUAUUGUUCCCUCAAAUGAAGUUGGAUUCAUAUCAUUUUUCUUCUUCUUUAAUAUGUUCUUGUAAGUGUUUUCUUUACCUAUCAAAAAUAAAUUUAGUUAUUGCAAUCCGAUU